AUGUUUCCAAAGCUUAAAUUGGAAGCACAAGUUACGCUAUUACACGUAAUAUUCUACGAGAAGCAACUUGAUGAAACUCAAAAGAUUAGGUUCGCAAUUCCAAUUCAAGAUUUACUUCCUAAAUUAUAUAUUCAUCAGGUAUUUGAACCACAUUAUAAUUCUUCAACAAAUGUAUUGAUUGGCACGCCUACAGGAAAACCGUGGGCAUUUCGUGAAUAUCCACGUUCAAAGGUAGUUUACAUCGCUCCAUUAUAUGUUAUUAUUGGCAAGCUAGAUGAACUGGUCCAAU